GAAGUCUUGGAAAUGCUCUGCAGAAACAAAGAACGAUAAACAUCGUACAACCACCACACGAACGAGUCGCCGAUCAGGCACAGCGUCAGGAACACUGCAUAAGCUUUCACAUUUUCCUUCCCACGGUCGGAAGGCAGUCCUGCUGCUCCGCGCGUGUACGGACUGGCAUAGCCGGGACCUGGCGCAUUACCGCAUCUGGAGUUAUCUUGAACCAAACUCCCUCUAAUAAUCGCCCGAUCAACAAUGAAUAAAGUCUUCAAGAAGAAGACGGCGACGGCCGACGGCCCGUCCGUCAACAUCCAUGCGCUGAACUCUUUGAACAAUGCCGCACCAUCACAACUAUCACCGGGCUUGAAGAAGCCGUCGACGAGUCGAUGGAAGAAGGGCAAGAAACAAGUCGAGGUGAAGCCGAAAUUCGACCUCGAAAGCGUUCUGCCACCAUCCGACGAUUUUCGAACCAGUCUGCUCAUGCCAAAUUUGUCGGCCCGAUUCAGUAUGCUACGAGAGCAGGACGAUCCACAUUCUUUGAUUGGCAAAGCGAGCGAUGACAGUGUCCUGCAGCCACGCAGAAAGUCACGAAUGAAUGAGUUUGCGUACGGCAAUCGCGCUCUCGGUGACAUUGAUGAGGUCUCCUCCAUUCGUGGCGACUUCGUACCUCCUUUUGCGAAUGACCGACAGGGCUCUUUUGCAUCAGAAGAUGGCUAUGGCAGUGACGUUGGUGGCAGUGUGAUGAGUCGAGCACGACCGGGAGAAGGCAACAUCUUGUUUGGUGGGCGUCAAAAGAUCUACCGGAUAGCCACAACUGGAAAUGGCUCCGCUCGAAGUCUUGGAAAAGCCGUAUACGAAGAUGAUAUAGGUGUAUCGGCCUUCCAGCGCUAUCGACAGCGCGAACGCGAACGGGAUGAAAGCUCCUUCAACCGGACAUCGGACGAGAGUCAAGGUUUCGACUUUGGACUCAGUCAUACAGAGUCGGGCACGAACGACAACAGUCUCAAUUUUCUGCACAACGAUUCGGCAAAGGAUCUCUCACAUUCUCCAUCUCUGUCGUCAUAUGAUAAAAACCGUUCAACGACGUCAUCCGUUGCCCGAUCAGAGGCACGCUCAUCAACUGCUGCGACCUCAAUUGCAUCCUUGCCUGCGGUGUCGCCUGUGGUCAGUGUUGCUCCUGUUUCGUCUACAGCUCCACAACUUCAACAACCGUCGCUUGAUCGGUCCAAUACCAAGAGCCGCCGUCUUUACGAUCAAGGACUGGAUCAGCACAUGCGCGACGAUCAAAUAUCUGCAAUGUCACGCCUCAACACCUUUCAACGCCAGCGGCCCCAGAACGGCAAGACAUCGCCACCUUACUUGCACGGCGCUAAGAGCACCAGUCAACUUAACGAGCGAGCUGCACAGCCGGUCUAUGCACUCCGCACACAAUCACCAACCAUGAAUGGCUCAUUACCAACCCGAGGUGAUGCAUCGAAGUACAACUCUAAUACGCCCAGCCCUGUCCCGAGUUCUCCGAUUGAUCCUCAAUUGGAGUCGAAUCAAUUUGACCUGCAGCAGGCUUUAGAUCCCGCAGACAGAGGCAAGGCUACUGCCAUUGGUGCAUUCAACAAACCGAAGCAAGCAUUCGACGAGCAUCAGUAUCUUGAACGUCAAAGGCAGCUUAUGAAAUCUGCUUCGAACACUUUUAGUAAAAGCGCAACGCCUUCGCCCGCAACAUCGUACCAUGCAGACCAGCAUGACAAUGCGGAGGAGAAGCGGAGCGAGGACAGCUCGUCACAGACGCCUGCAAACGCCGCGCCCAAGAAACCGGAGAACAAAUCUUAUAAUGUUUUCCAAAACGCAGUCAGUCAAUUACAGGAGCGAACACAAGGCGCCCCCACGCCAAACCGGUCUCCUCUUCCUGACACUCAUCGAACAUUCUUUGGGAGCAUCCACGCGAGCGACAGUGAGGAUGAUGAAGACAGUGCUUACGGUGCUCAGCAGUCCGAAAAUGGAAAUAAUGGACAUCCGGCCAGAUGGCAACCUGCAAUGCCUUCAGUUUCGGAACACCCCGCUGUCCGAGGCACGAGACUGCAGUCCAGCUCAGAAGAAGAGCGUGAUGAGAAUUUUCAGCCUGCUCCGCUCGUGACCAAAUCGUCUACGCUCUCACUGCGUCGUCAAAACACUGCGCCGUCUCAACCGGAUGAAGUCGAGUCGCCGACUCUAGGACAAGAAUCGCAGCCUCUUUCGAGCAUGAUGCAGCAUCUCCGGUCAAAAAGCAAUGCCUCUUCGAUGUAUCCAGCGGACGAAGAUCACUCGCUUGAUAUCCCUCGCAUUUCAUCCAGUACUCAGAGUGUAGAGGAGAGGAAGCCAUCUAUUGGUAAAUUCGAGUUCGAGAGCAGCCACGAUUCAACAUAUUCCGGCUCCAAUCCUUGGGACCUCGACGAAGCCGACAAUCGUUCGCUGCACAUUAACACACAAGUCAACAAUGCGGCUGUGAGUCCAAUUGAGCCUUCGAGUCAGGGUUUACUGACAGACGCGGCACGACAACCCAUCUCUCCCAUCCAAAGUGGGUUGACUCAAUCGUCCGCUCCGUUUGCCGAACAACCACGCAAAGCCUCUAUGGCAGAGUCCGAAGAUGCCACAUCUUGGCAGCAAGAAUUGAGACGGCAGCAUACCCGUGAUAUCAGUUCUGCCACUCAGCAGGAACGAGAUGCAUUUGCAACUGAACUCGCGGCACGCCGAAAUGCAAUCCGUGAGAACAUCAAGAGCAUUGUAGAAAAAGACAAUCACAGCCGAGAUCCCAGUCCAGCACCUGCUAGCAGUUCGGGUAACGGUCCCUUCAAAGCGUUUGGCAUGUUGCGAACAAAAGCUAGUGGCGAAUCGCUCGCACAUAUGCGUGAACAGCAAUUGAGAAGCGCCAAGUCGACCACGUCGAUUAACACAAAUUUGACUCAAGCGGAAAGGACUGGCAUCAGUUUCGAUGGCACUAGAUCGAGAGGCAACUCUUCUCCGAGACCGCCAAUGCCCCCAAAUUCACAGCACCCGGCAUUCCAACGACAGCCCAGUCAAGAUCGCGUCAAUCAUCGCGGCUACAAUGGCGAUAGGAGUGGGAGCCGAAGUCGAUCCAAUUCAACCGCUACGACUGGACGUUCAAGAAGCCGCCCUGCAUUGAGAAGGGAUGAAUCGGACAGAAUGGCGGACAGCACGACCUCCUUGCACGAUCUUUCCCCGAUGAUCCCACGCGAGCUCACCCCCAAAUUGUCGGCCGACCCAGGCGCAUCACAUAACGACUCUCGGUUCAGCAACGACACCAAGAGUCCUCUUGGCAAUUAUUUCGAGUCUAGAUCGUCUCCGACAGUUCACACUCGACCACCACCAGCCUUUGCGACACCCAAUGGCUACAAUCCAAUUCGUCCUGCGCCUAUUGCAUCAGUCACGGUACCUUUGCUGUCAAGCUCCAGUACUCCGGUUGUCCCAGCUUAUGUCCCGCCUAGCAGCAUGCGGUCACGCAGUAACACCCUUCGGAAAAAGACCAUUUCCAAGGCCGAUAUCUCCGAGCCUACACUGCUGGAGACUACUGCGAAUUUCGAGACGGUUGAUCUUCCAGAGGGCGCUUCACUCAAGAACGGGAUGACCAGCGCACCGCCAAUUCCGCCUAUCAACCCAAAGCGUCGUGGUACCCGCAACAAACUCUUUACCGGCAUGGGCGGUCGGAACGAUCCCGAGGAAUUCUCGGCCCAUCCUUAUAGCAGCCCGAUCAAGACUCCUUCUGGAGGCGAAGAGUCUUCAAGCCAACGCUCGCAGACCCCCGACAGUGACUUUCACUUCCCACCCAGCAACGUCGUGCGUGUGCCUUCACGCUCCGCAUUGUCGCAACCGACGAAUUCUGGCGAAUAUGACCAAAAUUAUGACCGCAAGUCCGGAAACACACCAGAUCGCGGCCGGCCUGCUGUUUCUGCCGACGGAGGCAUGUUCUGAUAUUUCUCAUAACCAUGUUCCGCACACUCAACGAUGGGCAUGUUCAAGAUCGUUUCUUAGCCCUCUUCAUGUAUUUUUUAUGACGGAUGAAAAUUCGGUAAUUGGCUAAGUGGAAUCUAUGAAUUCCCACUAGCUUUCUACUAUGAUUUCGCUGUUCUUUUUCUUCAUUAGUUCUCUACAAACUAUUCAUAUACCCGGCCUGGAGGCGUCUGGCUCAGGCGCGGUGGAAGUACAUUUGGGAGAAGGAGCAAUGGGUGGAUGAUAGGGA